AUGCUUCCCACGCCAGACACGUCGCAUGUGGACUAUGAGCGCAUCUACGAGCCGGCCGAGGACUCGUUCCUGCUCCUAGACACACUCUCCUCGGACACGGAGACCGCCUUCCUCCGGUCCCGAUUCGGCAAUGGCGGCGCCGCGGCGGGAUCGUCGCCGCAGCAGCCACCUCCGGCCCCGUUGGUGGUGGAGAUUGGACCCGGCUCGGGCGUCGUCAUUGGCUUUGUCAACGCGCACGCCGACACCAUCUUUGGCACGCGGCAUGUGCUGACGGCGGCCGUCGACGUGAACCGGCACGCUUGCACUGCGACGGGCGCCACGGCGCACAGGGCGGCGGCGGCGGCCAAUGGUCAUGACGGGGUCACCGCCACUACUGCUGGCGUGUUUCUCGACGCCGUGCAAGGCGACCUCGCGGCGCCGCUGCGGACGCGCUGUGUCGAUGUGCUCAUCUUUAAUCCGCCGUACGUCCCGACGGACGAGCUGCCGCGACAGCCCAGCGCCGCCGACGCCGAGACAGAUCGGGCCAAGACCAGCUUUGACCACGACUCGUACCUGCUGGCGCUCUCCUACGCCGGCGGCCGGGACGGCAUGGAGACGACGGACCGGCUGAUUGACGGGCUGGGCGAGAUCCUGUCGCCGAGGGGGUGCGCCUAUGUCUUGCUGUGCGCGCAGAAUCGGCCCGAGGAAGUCAAGCAGCGGAUCAGGGAGUUUGGCCCAGAGUGGUUGGUUGAGACUGUAGGGACCAGCGGCAAGAAGGCCGGGUGGGAAAAGUUGCAGAUUAUUAGGAUUUGGAGGGAACAAUGA